GGGAAUCUACGGACUGAGGACAGCUCAAAAACUGGGGAGUAGGCUGAUAGCUGGCACUCCGGACUCCAUCCUGGGCUCUGGAGCGGUUCUGAUGUUGUGGGCCGGGGCUGCGCCUCCUCCUUAGCCCGGCCUUCCGGGCUUUCUUGCAGAAUGGGCCGGAAGGGAGCCGUGCACCUGCCCCCAGGGUUCUGAAAUCCUUGCUCCAGGAGGUCAAGCUCUCUGAAGUCCCUCUUUGUGCUUCGGCGCAGGAAAGAGGUCUUGUCGCCCUCAGUGAGCAGGAGUACUGAUGACUUAAUUCUCAGCCCUUAGAGCUUCCGCCUUGGAGGACAAAGCCCCUGAUGGGUCUGAGCUGACGUCCCGUUAGAGGAUGGUUCUUGUCUGAGCCUGGGCUGGGGAAUACAGUGAGGAGGGUGUUACAGUUGUGCAGAAGAAAGGUGACGGAGAUCUGAACUGAAGAGAUGGCAGUCAAAAAUGAUUCACAGUCUAUUUCUCAUAAACUGUUCUGGUGACAUAUUUCUAGAGAAGCACUGGAAAAGUGUUGUGAGCCAGUCUGUCUGUGAUUAUUUCUUUGAAGCUCAGGAGAAAGCCGCUGAUGUUGAAAAUGUACCACCUGUCAUUUCAACGCCUCACCACUACCUCAUCAGUAUCUACCGGGAUAAGCUCUUCUUUGUGUCUGUCAUACAGACGGAAGUGCCACCUCUCUUUGUAAUUGAAUUCCUACACCGAGUUGCUGACACUUUUCAGGACUACUUUGGUGAGUGUUCGGAGGCUGCAAUUAAGGACAAUGUGGUCAUAGUAUAUGAGCUCUUAGAAGAAAUGUUGGACAAUGGAUUUCCACUGGCUACUGAAUCUAACAUUUUAAAAGAAUUGAUUAAACCCCCAACAAUUCUACGUUCUGUUGUCAACUCUAUUACAGGCAGUAGUAAUGUAGGGGACACACUCCCCACUGGGCAGCUGUCCAAUAUCCCAUGGCGCCGGGCAGGAGUAAAGUAUACAAACAAUGAAGCCUAUUUUGAUGUCGUUGAAGAAAUAGAUGCAAUUAUAGAUAAAUCAGGAUCUACAGUCUUUGCAGAAAUUCAGGGGGUCAUUGAUGCUUGUAUUAAGCUAUCUGGAAUGCCUGAUCUCUCUCUUUCUUUCAUGAACCCAAGGCUUCUGGAUGAUGUCAGCUUCCACCCCUGUAUCCGGUUCAAGCGUUGGGAAUCUGAAAGAGUUUUGUCAUUUAUUCCUCCAGAUGGAAAUUUCCGACUCAUUUCAUACCGAGUCAGCUCACAAAAUCUAGUGGCAAUACCAGUGUAUGUGAAACACAAUAUCAGCUUUAAGGAGAACAGUUCUUGUGGAAGAUUUGAUAUAACAAUUGGACCAAAGCAGAAUAUGGGAAAAACUAUUGAAGGAAUUACAGUGACAGUUCACAUGCCAAAAGUUGUGCUGAAUAUGAACCUGACACCAACACAAGGCAGCUAUACAUUUGAUCCAGUCACCAAGGUACUAACAUGGGAUGUGGGGAAAAUUACUCCACAAAAGCUCCCAAGUCUUAAAGGACUGGUAAAUUUACAGUCUGGAGCACCCAAACCAGAAGAGAAUCCAAGCCUCAACAUACAGUUCAAGAUCCAGCAGCUUGCUAUUUCAGGCUUGAAAGUAAACCGUUUGGACAUGUAUGGGGAGAAAUACAAGCCAUUUAAAGGAGUCAAAUAUGUCACAAAAGCUGGAAAGUUCCAAGUGAGGACAUGAGAAGAGGCCAGAAUUCCUCAAGAUUAGUUUGUUUUCCAAGUGUCAUUACAGUUUAUUAUUAUUAGAUGAAGAGACUGCAUGUCCAGUCUAGUGCCCAAACUCUACUUAAAAUACAUGGAAGUUGGGGAUAACAGUUCCCGUGGCUUGGAGAAGAGGAGAUCAGGUGGGAACUACAAUGAGGUAUCAACAACAACCUCCUGGUUUCCUCCACAUUGCCCCUAACCUUUGUCUCCUGGUUUAUAGAUCAAAACUAAUUUGUCUCCCAGUUAUCUCUGAGUUCCUCAAGGGGAAAGAUUGUGCCCCUUAUUUUCUUAACUUGUGUAGGUCCUGACACAGUGCCUCACACCUAUUCCCUAAGUCUUGUCUGGACACUCAACAAAGAUGAACGUUUUACCAGGAGAAGGCCUACCACAAAGAGGAUAAGGAAAGGACGGAGUGGUCAUGAGGGUUUUCUGAAAAACCUGGGCCACAAUUCCAGGAGGGAAAGAAAGAACACAAACUCUUAAGAAGUGGUUGCUAAAGUACAUGCAAGAGACAUCACAUAAGAGAAUCCUCCACCACCUUUUAUUUCUAUCUUGGUCAGAAACCCAAAGAAAAUCAGAAGCACCUCCUGCUAGGGAUUUAGCUCAGUGGUGGCAACGCCUGCCUCGCAAGCGCAAGGUCACGAGUUCGAUCUCUGGUACCAAAAAAAUAAAAAAAAGAGAGAGAAGCACCCCUCCUGAGCUGCCAUUUCAGUCUUAGCACAGCCUUCACCACCUUUUGUCCCUGAAUUUCCUGCCACUACUUGUCCCCUUGAGGCUGAAAAUCACCCAGAGCCAGGACGUCGGCUUUCUUUGCAACCAGAAAGACAGCAGGUGGGAAUGAACAGGCACUGGAGGGUCAAGACAGUCAUACCUAUUCCAGGGAGGAAGAGAAUUGAGCAGAUUCGACUGCCACACUUACAUCAGGUGCUUAAUCUCCCUACACCUUUGUGUCCACUCUGUAAAAUGAUGAAAAUUGCCUAAGAGCUUCACUUCUGGUCCCAGGUUUCUGAUGCAUCUCUCCCACACAGACUCCUUCUACAGCACAACUCUUGAGUCCAUCCAACAUAUUGAACACUUGAUCCAGAGGUAAUACAUCCCUAAGACUGAAUUAAAUUAAACAGCACAGAAAACUGCUGGCGAGAACUCCAAAGCAGCAGGCACAUACCUGCUC